AUGAUGUAUCCAGUAGGCCAAGCCGCGGCCCAAAAUCCUUACGAUGCCUCGCAGCAGUUUCCAGGUAGGCAACCGGGGACAAUGUCGAUAAUGCCGAGCGAGGUGCCCCAGUACUUCCAGUCAGAUGGGGAGCGUCCACGCCGUCGUCGGCAUUACCGGCGGCACAGUCAUCAGGCGCAGCCUACCAACAAGCGCAACAAAUAUCAGCUUUCGGGGACGUUGCCUUCGGCUGGGGCGGGACUAGCGAGCUCACAAACUGCGGCGUCUGGUGUCGGUGUGGACGAAGCCGACUAUUCAGUGCCAGCGACAGGGGCAGGUCUGGAAGAGAGGUGGGCCGACUAUCAAGCCCGAUUGGCGACAGUCUUUCAGGACAUUCGGAGCGGAUCCUUGAAAAGGGCAAGUCUCAAUGUGGACGACCGAACCCUCCAUGCAGAUCGGCUCAAGUUGUGGAACGACUUCAAUCAUGCAUGGCUAGGGCUGUUACAACGGCAAAAAGACAUGGCAGAAGGGGAGCAAAAGCCUCAGGGAGCCGAGACCCUCUUAUCCAAGGAUGACAUGGAGAAGAUGGGCAAGGAGCUUGUCCGGCUCUGUGACGGCGUUGAGCGGCAUGGACUCGUCGACUACCAGUAUGGGGUCUGGGAAGAGCAAAUCAUUACAGUGCUUACCGAAGCGUUGGACCUCUACGACUCCAGUCCGAGCGGUGCAUCAUAG